CUUUCCAGCUUCUUCCAGGCGAAAACUCUCGCGGCCGUAGCUAGUUAGCUAGCCACAUCGGCUAAAAUACAGACAUCGGUCUAGUUUCGUUCUGGAUGUUUAGAAAAAGUUUAUUUUGUGUAUAAAGGUGGAGAGUUUUAUUACACGGACAGAACGAGGUGAAAAGAGAAGAAGAGAAAAGAGACAAAAGAAAAUCGGGGGCGGAUCAGAAAUCAAACAUGUCCUCCUCUUCCUCCUCGCAGGCAUCUUCCAGGCGGCAAUGGUGUUAUCUUUGCGACUUGCCCAAGAUGCCUUGGGCCAUGAUUUGGGAUUUUAGCGAAGCUGUGUGUCGCGGGUGUGUGAAUUAUGAAGGUGCAGACAGGAUAGAAAUGCUAAUAGACACGGCAAGGCAGCUAAAACGCACCCAUGUGAUGCAGGACGGAAGGUCUCCAGGUCCCCAGUCGGGUGGUAAACACGGCCCUGGGGCGAAAGAUGGCGCGCUGGAUGGGGGGAGAAACACUGCUGAACGAUUUGAAAGGAGCAGAGGAGAUUUUGUACCUGCUCGACUUCCUAAUGGACUGCCCAGGUUGGAAGACGGUGCUGUUGCAGAGGUUAGCAGGCAAAGUCCCAAUGCGAGGAGGACGAUGGUGGCAGGUGUGCCGCCCAAUUUGAUGGCCCAGGGGAUUAUGAGUACACCGCAUGGCCUCUUAAUCGGCCCUAGAUCCAGCGGUGCACCGCUGGCCCUAUCUGGAUCAAUGUUGAGCGAACUUGGGAAGAGACAGGCAAUGGGUGUUGGGAUGUCAUUUGUGAGUUCAGAGGAUCUGAAGGAGAGACAGAGGAAUAAUGAAGCACUAGCUGAACUUUCCGAAAGUGUCCGGAACCGGGCUGAUGAUUGGGCUGCCCGUCCCAAACCUGUGCGUGACACUUUGCUUGCACUUUCCAGUUGUGCACCAUUCAACGUGCGCUUUAAGAAAGACCAUGGCCUUGUUGGGAGGGUGUUUGCAUUUGACGCCAAGCUUGGUGUGGAUUUUGAGCUCAAGGUGUUUGUCGAGUACCCGUGUGGCUCAGGCAAUGUUUUCUCGAGCCUGUUGGCACUGGUGAAGCAGAUGUUCCAGGAUAGCCAAAAAGACUCAGGCAAAGUGAUCAGCUCAGGCUUUAAAUAUGUCGAAUAUGAGAAGCGGCAUGGCGCUGGUGAUUGGCGUCUCCUUUCUGAGCUACUCAGCGACACUGUUCGGGCAUUUAAAGAACCACCAGUACCUGAUUCAUUCCCUCAACCUUAUUUGGAUGCUGCCUAUGCCAUGUUACCCACUGCACUCUGCCAUCCUGGACGUCCUGUCCAGCCUCGAAUGCGGCGCCGAAAACCUUCUCCGGAUCCGGAUGGCGCUGAGAGGAUGACAUCAGAGGAGCAAAUACGACAGCACUGGUACCCUGGCAUGAGCACCCACAUUCCCACAAGUUCUCUUGCCAGUGCUAUGCCUGGCCAGCCUCCAAAUCUUCAGGAGGUGGUUCCUGUUUCCCAUGGUAGUGACCCUUCACCUAUCAGCGCCCUCAUGAGUGUUGCAGACAAUGUUGGUGCCAUUAGCCAGUCGCCAAAAGACAUGCCAGGAAGCAGUGGCACUCACACUUCCAGUGCUAGCCCUUCUUCAUCCGGGCAAAGGAGACUGGCAUCACGUAAUGGUGAAAAUGGUUCCGGAACUGCUGCGGUUGCCACAGCAAUGCCCCCUGUUGCAGCGGCAGACCAAGGAUCUGAAAUCUCUGGAGCAUCUGGAGCUCCUCUUUGUUGCACCAUUUGCCAUGAAAGGCUUGAGGAUACACACUUUGUCCAGUGCCCUUCAGUACCCGUGCACAAAUUCUGCUUCCCAUGCACCAGAGAAUUCAUCCGUAAUCAGGGCUCAGGGAGUGAAGUGUACUGCCCAAGUGGUGAUAAAUGCCCACUGGUGGGCUCCAAUGUGCCCUGGGCAUUCAUGCAGGGGGAGAUUUCCACCAUCUUGGCUGGAGAUGUGAAAGUCAAGAAGGAGAGGGACCCUUAGUUUAAAGCAGCGUAGGAAGUUGCAGUUCCUGAACCCCAAAGAUGACCGACACCACAUGCAUUGAAGAGAUGACUGUUCACAUGCGCAUGUCCUCUUCCUCCAUUUAUCUCAUUCCUCUGUCCAUGAUGAAGAAUCCUUCCAUCAAUUCAUUUAUUCAUGAAGCCAUCCUCUUCAGUGUAGAGGAAGAUUUCCUCUGACUCCUACAUCUUUGUCUAUCACUCUCCCCAUCUUCUACCCACAAUAAAAUCAACCGUCCUUCAGCUCCCUCUUUCACUCUAUCCUCUCAUCACUUUUCUUCCCCUCUCUCAACCUUUAUUUCUAUCAUUUACUCCUCUCUCAUAUACACACACACACACACACACACGUGUGUGUGUUGAGUGUUUUUAUCAAAACAGCCAUUUUCCUUUUCACCUUUUUUCAUUCAAUUAAUGCCUUUUAAUGGACAAUCAGAUUUGUUUUGCUUUUUUUCACCCCAACAUGUAGUGCUUUAC